AUGCUGUCAGUCUUCUAUUUUGCCAUCCCUCUUGGAAGUGGCUUAGGCUAUAUCACUGGUUCAAGUGUCAAGCAAGUUGCGGGGGACUGGCGCUGGGCUCUGAGGGUCUCACCCGUGCUGGGCAUGAUAACUGGGUCUUUAAUCCUGAUAUUUGUACCAGCUGCCAAAAGAGGCCAUGUAGAACAGCUCAAGGCACGGAGUUCAUGGUUUCGAGACAUGAAGGCUCUGAUUAAGAACCGCAGUUAUGUCUUCUCUUCAUUGGCAACGUCAACAGUGUCCUUUGCAACGGGUGCUCUGGGCAUGUGGAUUCCCCUCUAUCUGUACAGAGCCCAAGUGGUGCAGAAAACAGUGGAACCCUGCAACUCUGGACCUUGCAGCACCAAAGACAGCCUAAUUUUUGGAGCAAUCACCUGUAUCACUGGCUUUCUUGGCGUAAUAACGGGGGCUGGAGCUACUAAAUGGUGCCGUUUGAAAACACAACGUGCUGACCCACUUGUCUGUGCUGUUGGCAUGCUGGGAUCAGCUAUCUUCAUUUGCCUGGUCUUCGUCGCUGCCAAAAGUAGCAGCAUAGCUGCAUAUGUAAGUUCCAGUACUGGGAAAAUCUUCUGUCUUCAGUUUUUCUGCUUUUUAAAGUCUUUUGUGCAGUAUGUAGUUAUUCCGACACGUCGUGCAACAGCUGUGGCCUUGCAGAGCUUUACAUCUCACCUUCUCGGAGAUGCUGGCAGCCCAUACCUUAUUGGAUUUAUCUCGGAUCUCAUCCAAGAGAGCACCAAUAAGACUCCGCUUUGGGAGUUCCUGAGUCUCGGCUAUGCACUGAUGCUUUGCCCAUUUGUGGUGGUUUUGGGGGGAAUGUUUUUCCUAGCUACAGCACUUUACUUUUUGGAAGACCGUGCCAAAGCUGAACAACAGUAA